GGCGACAAACCCGCGAGACUCCACCUCCCAGUAACAAGAGACGAUUUAUCGUCAGCACGCCGGCGACGGAGGGGCACGGGAAUCGGCCGAAAGCCUUUCAUCCCGCGGGAAAGAAUUCGAACAGAGCUCCGCGGCGUUCGGUUUCGGAGACGGACACGGACGCGCCGGUGCACGUGACAAACGCGUGAUUGCGUUUCCGUCGAAUUCAAACGGGCGUGUGCGACUUAGCGAAAACAAAUCUACGCGAUGUUGAGGUAUGAAUACAGCAGGUCGCCGGUGUUCCGUGAUAAAUAACGCUUAGCGUCUUCGCUGCACGGCGAGAAAUUAAUCGAUUCGUCCAUCAUUUGUACGGUUUGUUAACGCUAUGAAGAUAAUGGCUUCCUGACGGGGACCGAGCGACCGAUCCAGAGUGCCGAAUGCAAGCUGGAAAUGGGACACGGGCAUUUGACGCCCCGCUUCUGGAGGCCUCGGUCGUACUAACCUCCGCGUGAACCGCCGCCUCCAGCACCACGGACAGCGACCAUGAACAGGUUGCGCAGGAAAGCGUGCGUGGCUCUUCUGUUGUUCACUUUGUUUAUUUUCGGCACCAUGAUGGGCCUACGGACCCUCAAGCCCACCGAUGGCUUCUCGGAUCUCGCUCCGGGGAUGGAGCUGAUGCCUUUGGUCGGAGAGCGAGUGGAGCAGAGACCCAAUCCCGUAGCCGAAUCGGCGGGUCAGAAUGGUGGCGUGGCCAGUGACACCAAGAUCGUGUUCUCCAACUCUGGACCCGACCACAGCAUAUUCUACGACAUUCACAUUUUCUAUUAUUUAUGGUACGGCUCGCCACAGAUGGACAGUAGUUAUAUACACUGGGACCAUGUACUGGUGCCGCACUGGGACCCCAAAAUAGCUUCCAGUCACCCUAAAGGACGCCACAAUCCUCCAGACGACAUCGCGUCCAGUUAUUACCCUGAACUGGGACCCUACAGCUCCAGAGAUCCGGAUGUCAUUGAAUCCCACAUGGCGCAAAUCGAAGCUGCCGCUGCAGGUGUGGUGGUCCUUUCCUGGUACCCUCCUGGUGUGGCAGAUGAACAUGGCAAACCCUCGGAGGAUCUAGUGCCAGCUGUAAUGGACGCUGCCCAUAGACACAGUAUCAAGGUUGCGUUUCACCUGCAGCCCUACAAAGGCCGGACGGACCUCAGUGUGCAUGACAACAUCAAAUACAUCAUUGACAAAUAUGGCAAGCAUGGGGCUUUCUACAAGUUCAAGUCCAGCACUGGGAAAAUCCUUCCUCUCUUUUAUGUGUACGACUCCUACCUUACCCCUCCGGAGGCCUGGGCUGAGCUGCUGACCGUCAGGGGCUCUCACAGUCUCCGAGGAACCCCUUACGACGGCGUCUUCAUCGCCCUCAUUGUGGAGGAGCGUCACAAGCAGGACAUCCUGGCCGGCGGGUUUGACGGCAUGUACACCUACUUUGCUUCUAACGGCUUCUCCUUUGGAUCUUCUCACCAGAACUGGAAGGUGAUCAAAGCUUUUUGCGACAAGAACAACUUGCUGUUCGUGCCUAGCGCCGGACCUGGUUAUAUGGACACCGCCGUCCGGCCGUGGAACAAUCACAACACGCGCAACCGGGUGAACGGACGAUAUUACGAGACCUCUUUGCAGGCAGCGAUGUCCAUAAGGCCUGAUAUCAUCACAGUAACGUCGUUUAAUGAGUGGCAUGAAGGAACUCAGAUUGAGAGGGCUGUGCCCAAGAAGACUGUGGCCCGUCUGUAUUUGGACUACAAACCCCAUCAGCCAGACCACUAUCUAGAGCUCACCAGGAAGUGGGCAGAACAUUUCAGCAAGGAGAAAGAGCAGUGGCUUAUGUGAUUGGACCUGUAACGUCUUAAAGUAUUUUCACAUGUUAUUAACGUUAUCAGCGUUACCGAUUUAAUGUUUCAAUUUAUGCAUACACUUUAAAGGCAGCUAAUUAGCAAGACAAGCCACCUUCUUUUUCGGUCUAUCGAUUGAUUUACUUGCGGUUUCAAUGCAAGUAUUUACAAGAAAUAUCAUCAUUUUUGUGAUUCGAUUUGAAAACCCGUUUGCAUCGGUCCACUCUCAUUCAGUCAAGUGCGUAUUUAUACGUGGGACAGCCCGAGACAUGUGAGAACCAAAGCCGUUUGGCAUCAAACCAGGCUGGAAAUGUCUUGAUGUGCCAUAUUUGAGUGAAUAGGCUAGGCUAAUGCACAAUUUUUAUGGUAUGCUUUAAUGGUUUUUGGUUUUUUUCCCCGUUUAUUUUUUUGGACUCACUAGCAUUUAUCCUCAUUCCCUGUCAUCGCACGGAAAAGAGAAGUGUGAACAUUGCGCUACAUGCCUCCUUCGGGGUGAAUUUGCAAUUUUUAACUGUUCCUUUAACAUUAGGCAUUGAAUCUGACUUCUGCUAGCAGCAACUGUGUGGCCUCGGUAUUCAAAGACUACUUUUAUUGUGUGUUUGGAUGACAUUUAAAAAAUGGCUGGUGGUUGUGGAUGUGGUUUGUUUGAAUAAUGACUGAUUUAUUAUGUUAAGUAAAUCCUAAUUAUGCAUAUUGUAACUCCUGUUUAAUAUUAAACAGUAAAAGGAAAUCAA